AUGGUGAAUGAUCACCUGGAGGCAAGUGCCACCAGGAACAAUGACCCUGUCGCAGAUGGAUCCAGAUUCCAGGCCCAGUCCCAUAACCUUGGAAACAUCCAGGUUUGGGACCUCGGUCCUCUCCGGCCCUUGCAGCGACACCCAGAGCUAUCGUGCCAUCUGGCCGUCCCGCGCAAGGAGAGACCGCAGCGCGGCCAGGAGACUGUGGGGUCGUGGCGCACCGCCAUCACCCCCAGCCCGCGCGAUUCUGGGGUCUUGGGAACCCUCCACCGCAGCCCCGCAGCCCCGCAGCCCCGCAGCACCGCGGGACGUUCUGGCUCUAGGAAUCCACAAACCGUGGGAUGGAACUUCCCAGCCCAGAGACUGGAGGGACAGCGCUUUGGGGUGGCCAAGGGGGAGCAGAAGCGGCUCUCGGUGGAUGGCGUCGGCAUUGGCGGUGACCUAGCCAUGGGGGUGGAAAAACCCUGUAGUGGUGGUCAAGAUUUACUUAUUUAUCCAGCUAAGAGAAAGCAGCUUUUGAGAAGUGAACUGGACCCUGAAAAAGUGCUCCCAUCCACGCUACCUGCUUCUAAGCAGAUACCACCAUCAAAAGGGAGUCCAGCAGUUAUGCCAGGAGACAUCAAAGAGAAAGUGGCAGAGCUGCUGGUGAAAUACUCCAGUGGCCUUUGGGCUAGUGCACUCCCGAAAGCAUUUGAGGACAGAUACAAAGUAAAAUUCCCUGAGGAUGCCUUAAAAAAUCUCGCUGCACUUUCUGAUGUGUGCACCAUAGACUACAUUUCUGGAAAUCCCCUGAAGGCCAUUCUCUAUGCUAAACUUCCAUCACCUGCUGACAAGAUCCUAAAGGAUGAGGGGCAGGCACAAGGCGAUUAUGAUAUCAAGUCUAUGAUUGAGCAAGAAUAUUUGCAGAUAGAAAAAAACAUUGCUGAAAGUGCCGAUAUCCUUGAGGAGGACAUAACCAUUCCUCCUUUAAUCAUUCCUACCGAGGCAUCCCCAUCUGUAUUGGUGGUUGAACUGAGCAACACAAAUGAAGUGGUUAUCAGGUAUGUGGGCAAAGACUACUCAGCUGCUCAGGAAUUAAUGGAAGACGAGAUGAAGGAGUAUUACAGUAAGAACCCCAAGGUCGCACCAGUCCAGGCUGUGCAUGUCGGGCAGCUGCUGGCAGUCAAUGCUGAGGAGGAUGCCUGGUUACGUGCACAGCUCAUCUCAGCAGAAGAGAACAAGCUAAAGGUGUGCUAUGUUGACUAUGGUUUCAGUGAAAAUGUGGAGAAGAGUAAAGCAUACAAACUGAACCCCAAGUUCUGUUCCCUUUCAUUUCAAGCUACCAAGUGUAAACUAGCAGGGUUGGAUGUUCUGAAUGAUGACCCUGACCUUGUGAAGGUGGUUGAGUCUUUAACUUGUGGGAAGAUCUUUGCAGUGGAGAUACUUGACAAAUCGGACAUUCCCCUCGUUGUUCUCUAUGAUACCUCAGGAGAAGAUGAUAUCAAUAUCAAUGCCACCUGCUUGAAGGCCAUAUGUGACAAGUCGCUAGAGGUUCACCUCCAGGUUGAUGCCAUGUACACAAAUGUCAAGGUGACUAACAUUUGCUCCGAUGGAACGCUCUAUUGCCAGGUGCCCUGCAAGGGUCUGAAUAAGCUCAGUGACCUUCUGCAUAAGAUAGAGGACUAUUUCCAUUGCAAGCACAUGACUUCUGAGUACUUCAUCUCACUGCCCUUUUGUGGGAAAAUCUGCCUCUUCCACUGCAAAGGAAAGUGGCUACGAGUAGAGAUCACGAACGUUCACAGCAGCCGGGCUCUUGAUGUUCAGUUCCUGGACUCUGGCAAUGCGACAUCGGUGAAAGUGUCUGAGCUCAGAGAAAUUCCACCUCGGUUUCUUCAGGAGAUGAUUGCGAUCCCACCUCAGGCUAUAAAGUGCUGUUUAGCUGAUCUUCCAAAGUCUGUUGGCAUGUGGACCCCAGAUGCUGUGCUUUGGUUAAGAGACUCUGUUUUGAAUUGCUCGGACUGUAGCAUUAAGGUUACAAAAGUGGAUGAAACCAGGGGGAUUGCAUAUGUGUAUUUAUUUACUCCUAAGAACUUCCCCGACCCUCAUCGCAGUAUUAAUCGCCAGAUUACAAAUGCAGACCUGUGGAAGCACCAGAAGGAUGUGUUUUUGAGUGCUGUAUCCAGUGCAGUUAGCUCUCCCAGCAGCAGAAAUGGCAGUGCACCCAUGUUGGGCAGCAAACGCGUGCUGGCCAGCAUGCCAUUGUCUGGUGGCACACCCAUGUCAGGUGGCACACCCAUGUUGGGUGGCACACCCAUGUCAGGCAACAUUGGAGAGAAUUUCAGAAAGAGCCUCCCAGAAAUCAUCAAAAAGUCCAUGGUGGAACACACCAGCUCUUUCUCCCUGGAGGAACUGCCACCUCCUGUCCAUUUGUCAAAGCCUGGGGAACACAUGGAUGUGUAUGUGCCUGUGGCCUGUCACCCAGGCCACUUUGUCAUCCAGCCUUGGCAAGAGAUACAUAAGCUGGAAGUUCUGAUGGAAGAGAUGAUUCUGUACUACAGCGUGUCUGAAGAGCGCCACAUAGCGGUGGAGAAAGACCAAGUAUAUGCUGCGAAAGUGGAAAAUAAGUAG